CUGAGCAGAGACUGAGACUGAGACUGAGCAGAGACUGAGCAGAGACAGAGACUGAGACAGAGACUGAGGAGAGAGACUUUAGACACUAUAAAGAAGAUAAAACCAUCCAGAGGAGAGACGCACGCUGCUGAAACCCAGGGACUAAAUCCAGAGACGCAGUUACCAUGGUCACACUUGACUUCAGGACCCUGACGGUGCCGGUGGGCAUCGUGCGGAUACUGGAGCUGCUCCUCACCUGUAUCACCUUCAGCCUGGUGGCAUCGGUCGGCUCCAGCACUUACUCCUUCUGGGUCUGGAGCAUGUUCGUGUGGUGCUUCUGUUUCCUCGUCACCUUCCUCAUCCUCGUCCUGGAGUUCACCAGCCUCAACACCAAGCUGCCGAUCUCCUGGGACGACUUCACCACCGCCUACUCCAUGUUGGCUACGCUGAUGGUGCUCUCUGCCUCCAUCAUCUUCCCCAUCGUCUUCACUGACUCUACGCAGGGCAGAUAUAUUGGCGCCAGCGUAACUUCCUGUCUGGCCUUCAUCCUGUACGCCGUGGAGGUGGGGCUGACGAGGGCUAAAGCUGGUGAGAUCAGCGGCUUCCUGUCCACGGUCCCGGGCCUCCUGAAGGUUCUGGAGGCGUUUGUGGCGUGCAUCAUCUUCACCUGCCUGCCCAGCCACAGUGCGUACUCGUCCUACCCCGGGCUGCAGUGGUGCGUCGCGGUCUACUCCAUCUGCUUCAUUUUCGCCCUCCUCGUCAUCGUUCUCACCAUCGGCCGCCUCCUCUCCCUCUUCCCCGCUCCGUUUGAUAAAGUCCUGAGCGUCUGUAACGUGGUGGCGGUGCUGAUGUACAUGACGGCCGUGGUGGUUUGGCCUCUUUACAGUUUCAGGAACAAUCCCAGGCCUGAGUUCUGCUCCCUGCUGCGUUUCUGCCCGUGGGACAACUUGGUGGUCGUCACCUUCAUGACCUGUUUCAACCUGGUAGCUUACAUCGUGGACACGGUUUACUCCUUCAGGCUGGUCUUCCUCGUCAGCAGAACCUAAACCGGUCUCAGGUGUUCCUCUGAGGUCGCCUCCUUCUCAGUGGAGAGUCUUUAUGAGAGUCACUUUGACUCAGUGACGUUAUCCUGUCAGAGGAUGAAUUUAUAAUAAAGAAUGAACCUGUUGUUUUUGGAGCCAAGGAUGAAAGGUCAAAGGUCACUGCUCAGCUCCAAUGUGCAACCAUGAAAUGUUCAAACUAAGAUAGAAACC